AUGGCGGGCAGAGGGAUAAAAAUCUUUCUAUAUCUGGAUGAUGGAUUAAUUGUGGGCAAGACGGAGAGUGAGGUCGCGAGGGCAGUGAGAAAGGUGAGAGAGGAUCUGAACAGUGCCGGAGUGUGCGUGGCAGAAGAGAAGUCGUUCUGGGUGCCAGACGCAAAGAUUACGUGGCUCGGUUAUGAGUGCGACCUGGUCGCGAGAGAGGUUCGUGGAACCGAGAAGAGAAUGGCCAAGUGGCAGGUUGCUCUUGAGGAGCUGAGGAGGAGCGUGGCUCCAACGGUCCUGGACCGUAUGAAGUUUUUGGGAUGCCUGGCAUCAUUUGAGCUUGUUGCAGGAGACGUUGGUGUUGGCAGAGCACGGUCGAUCAUGCAGACGGUUGGAGAGAGUCAGAGGAAGAAGAGUGAGCCGGCAACAGUGAAGAAGAAGAAAACUCCAGGUGAGGAGAGAGAAAUUGAGUUUUGGAGAGAGCGAGGCACAGAAGUAUUGAAGAGAAGCAUAGUGGAAAUUGAGCCAGAAUUUGAUUUAUUUUUGUACACUGAUGCUUCGGCGCGAGGAAUAGGAGCGGUGCUUAAGAAUGAGAGAGAUGAUGUUUUGUGGAAAAUGUCGGAAUUAGGCGAUAGCGACUUUGAAGGACAGUCUAGCGCUUGGAGAGAAGUGACGGCAGUGAAGAGAGCGGCAGAGGAGCUAGUCGGGAAGGUUAAUGGAAAUAUACAAGUACUUGUGGACAGUCAGGACGCUGUGAGUGUGUUGAGAAGAGGUUCUAUGAAGCCAGAGCUGCAUAAGUUAGCUGAAAAAGUGUGGGAAGACUUGAGUAUGAUAGGAGAAAGUCAAUUUUUGUGGAUUCCAAGAGAACAGAACGUGGACGCGGACGAAGCGAGCAGAAAUUUUGAUUUUGAUGACGGGGGAGUGGCAGACAGAGUUUUCAGACAAGCGCAGAGAUUGUGGGGAGAGAUAAAAGUUGAUUGGUUCGCUGAUGCGAAUAACAGAAAGACAUAG